AUGCCGUCCGAAGCACAAAAUAUCUACGACAAUUCCGAGUUCUUCUCAGCAUACAGUACGCUUCCACGCUCACAGGGCGGGCUAUCCUCUGCUCCGGAAUGGCCGGUUCUACAAAAAAUGGUGCUACAAGAUAGCACCCAACCAUCCAGUUCCGAGGAGAGCAAAUUGAGCGGAAAGAGGGUUCUUGACCUUGGUUGCGGCUAUGGCUGGUUUUCCAGGUGGGCGCGUGACCAUGGCGCCUCCCACAUCAGAGGGAUUGAUCUCUCCGAGAAGAUGAUUAGUCGGGCGAAAGAGUUCGAGGAUUCCGUUCGCACAAAAUCUUGUGAAAUUGGGUUUGGAACAGGCGAUCUCGAUAAGAUCACCUUUGGCAAUAGCCCAGAGGAAGGCACAUACGAUCUCGUCUACAGCUCCUUGACAUUCCACUACGUUGAGGAUCUCUCUCGGCUUUAUCGCGAGAUUUUCGCUUCAUUGAAGCAAGGGGGCAGAUUGGUAUUCUCGGUGGAACACCCUAUCUGCUCAGCCCCAACAGUCCCCGGUCCAGAUUGGACGUCUUUCCAAGAAGGAGGCAAAAAUAAGAAAGUCUGGCCACUUAAUUCCUAUAGUGAGGAGGGCUGGCGCUAUACAAGUUGGUUGGGUGUGUCGGGUGUCAAGAAGUACCAUCGGACGGUGGAAACAUACAUUACCCUCCUCCUGGAGAACGGGUUCAAGUUGACUGGAUUGAAAGACUGGGUCCCUUCCAAGGAAGAUGUUUCUGAGCACCCAGAGUGGGCGGAUGAAAGACAUCGUCCUUAUUUCCUGCUUAUAUCCGCGGAACUAUAG